UGGCAACUUCUCCUACAGCAGCCGGGAGCGGCCCGCCUGCCUCCUGGAGCGAGCCCGCAGCCUCCCCCCGCCGCCUCCCCGAGGCCGCCCCCUCCGGCUGCCAGCGCCCAUCUUUCAUCCCCGGGGUAGAGAUUUUGCGCACACACAGACAGACAUACGCGCGCAAAAAAAGGGGAGAAAAAAAAAAAAAGAAAAACCCACAGCUAAUCUUCCAGCCUAGUGGCAAGAGAAACCGGAGCAGCCGCAGCGCGCAGCCCGCAGAGGACGCUCAGAGCCUGGAGCCAGCGGGCAGACCGACCCACGACUCGCGCCGCGUCCACCUGUCGGCUGGGCCGGGCCGAGCGCGCAGCGGGCACGCCGCGCGCGCCGCUGCAGCCGUGCCCGACACCCGGGCCCUGCGCCAGAGCGCACAAGCUCCCGCCUCCCCCCCACACCCGGCCCGGGCGGGAGUUUGCACCUCUCCCUGCUAGGGUGCUCGGGCCGCCGCUGCAAAGCCAACUUUGGAAAAAGUUUUUUCGGGGAGCCCUGGGCUUGGAGGUGCCAGGCCUUGCGCUUUCCGAUCCAGAGGGACUUCUCCAGAAAAUGUUGCAAAAAAGCUAAGCCGGCGGGCAGAGGAGAACGCCUUUUAGCCGGCGAGUGAAGACGAACCAUCCAGUGCCGCGUUCCGGUUCCUCUCGGAGGUUGGAGUCCCCUGGGCGCCCCCACACGGCUAGACGCCUCGGCUGGUUCGCGACGCAGCCCCCCGGCCGUUGGAUGCUCGCGCGGGCUCGGGAUCCGCCCAGGUAGCGGCUUCGGACGUUGGUCCAGCGCCCAGGUCCUCCCCAGCCCCCCAGCGACGGAGCCGGGGUCGGGGGCGGCGGCGGCGGCGCCCGGGGGCCAUGCGGGUGAGCGGCGGCGGCGGCGGCUGCAGCGGCGUGAGCGCCUGAUCGCCGCGGCCGGGAGCCGAGCCCACCCCCCCUCCCCAGCCCCCAACCCUGGCCGCGGGGGCGGCGCACUCCAUCUACGCGUCCGGGGCCCCGCGGGGCCGGGCCCGGAGUCGGCAUGAAUCGCUGCUGGGCGCUCUUUCUCUCGCUCUGCUGCUACCUGCGUCUGGUCAGCGCCGAGGGGGACCCCAUUCCUGAGGAGCUGUAUGAGAUGUUGAGUGGACACUCAAUCCGCUCCUUCGAUGACCUCCAGCGCCUGCUGCAGGGAGACCCCGGAGAUGAGGAUGGGGCUGAGCUGGAGCUGAACGUGACGGGAGGCGAGCUGGAGCACCUGCCACGUGGCCGAAGGAGCCUGGGCUCCCCCUCAACCACCACCGCUGCUGAACCAGCCGUGAUUGCCGAGUGCAAGACGCGCAUCGAGGUGUUCGAGAUCUCCCGACGCCUCAUUGACCGCACCAACGCCAACUUCCUGGUGUGGCCGCCCUGCGUGGAGGUGCAGCGGUGCUCCGGCUGCUGCAACAACCACCGCGUGCAGUGCCGGCCCACCCAGGUGCAGCUGCGGCACGUCCAGGUGCGAAAGAUUGAGAUCGUGCGGAAGAAACCCCUCUUCAAGAAGGUCACGGUGACCCUGGAAGACCACCUGGCCUGCAAGUGUGAGAUAGUGGCCCCCCUCCGCUCCACGACCCGCGGUCCCGGGGCUUCCCAGGAGCAGCGAGCCAAGACACCGCAGACCCGAGUGACCAUCCGGACGGUGCGUGUCCGCCGGCCGCCCAAGGGGAAGCACCGUAAGUUCAAGCACACGCCGGACAAGAAGGAGCUGAAGGAGACCCUUGGGGCCUAGGAGCGUUGGCUGGAGAGUGUGGGCAGGGUUAUUUAAUAUGGUAUUUGCUGUAUUGCCCCCAUGGGGUCCUUGGAGUGAUAAUGUCCCCCUCGUCCGUCUGACUCGAUGCCUGAUUCGGACGGCCAUGGUGCUUCUCCCACUCUCCACACGAUCGUCCACCCUCCCCAGCCGGUCCACCCUUGCAGGGGACGCCGCAUCUUUCCCAGCAGCCCAAGAAGGAGGAGGCAUCGGCAGCGGUGGAGGACUGAGCCGCAGUGCGUGGCAUUCCUGAACAGCGGGAACGCGAGACACGGCUGGGGCAACGGCAUCCUGCCCCACCACAGGCCGGCCCCAGGACCUCUCCGCCAGGCCUGCUUGUCUCCUGGACCCCCUGGCCAUCUCAGAGGGCCCCCUCAGGGCAGGCGUGGCUGAGGCGACAGACUGUAGGAGUCCCUGCCGCUGCCCCGCCUGGUGGCCCUGGCCUGCUGCACCCAGCACGGGGAGAAAUCUUGGAAGACAUGGACUCCUGCGUGGGCACAGCCAGAGCUCCCCACGGCCGGCUCCUGGCGGGUUGGACAGGGAGUCUGCCCUUGGGGCGGACGCUGGCAGCAUCCUAGACAGCCCCCUCGCCUCCCCACGCCUCUCUUUUCCCUCCCUCAUCUUCCUUCUCCUCCUGCUUCC